AAUUUACUGGAUUGCAGGUACAGUAUAUUUCAAAAACAGACCAUGCGUCCACCAAUUGCACAUUUGGCCUUGAUCGUGCUUCUGGGCGUGAAAUAUGGACAAGCGGAAACAUACAUUGGGGAGUACAAGAUGACUGGCAAACUGGCUCAACAGUUCCAGCCAUAUGGAUUGUGGUAUGAAGACUUAACCGCCGAAAAAACUGUAGUGGUCGUGGACAAAAUCAACGAAGAUUGUGCCGAAAUUACAGUCAACGGAACAGCUCUUACGUUCUCCUGCGUGGUGGUCCGUUUCUCCGACAAGACCUCGGGGGCAUGGGUGGCCUUUAAUGUCUCCAUCGCUUCUCCAAACAGAGAAGAGGUGACCCAGUUCUCCUACAGGGAGAUGAGAGUGCUGCUGCGUGAACAGAUGACAGAGUCCAUGAACAGCGUCUACCAAAGAUUCGACUCCAUGCCGGUUGAAGUGGAUCGAAGCUGGAUGAUGAUGUAUGCGAUGGCUGUGACUGCCACAGUUUUCAUGGUAUGUGGCCUGGCUGCAUCCAUCAGCGCAUUGAAGAUCCAACUGGCCGAAAGGAAAGCCAAAACUGCCAAGGAGGACAAACUGCGCAUGAUCGAAGAAUACGCGAGGAUAAAAAGAGAGAAGACUGUCGGAGGAAAUUUACCAGAGGACAUCUAAUAAUUGGCGUUUCGAAUCUGUCAAAGCAGUUGGGCAACACGAAGUUCGGAAUAUAUUGUCGAAAAACGCGGAUUAUUGCUUAAUAAAUGUGGUAUUCAUGUGUAAUUGAUUUUGUGCGAGUUUCAAACAACUUAAAUAGUUACAUUUUGUGGUGCCCUCAAAUGCAGCA